AUGACCUCGUCACAAUUGGGCAUCGACGAAUCAGAGAACACCUACAAUCAUCUAAAGACGGACUGGGAUGAGAGUCUCGGUCAGGCGACGUCCAAGGUCAAAAAGACUCCAGGUCAGUACAUCCAUCACAAGGAGGCAUCCAGGCCACUCGUCUACCUGAUACUCAAAUUCCAGGCAUCACUGAUCCAAGUCCAACUUCUCCUACGCUUUCACAUGUUAUCAACCACACAAAAUGGCCAAGACUCAUCCGCGGCGAUACAAGAUCCCGUGGUUCCAUUCACGGUGCAAUACUCACUCCUUCCAUCUGACACCAACCUCGCCAUCACCUCCAUUCCCCUCAUCGAAUCAUCGCACCAAAACCAACCUCUUCAAAUAUCUGAUACCAAGUCCCACCAAGGCAUGUCCAUACAUCGGCUCGCAAACCCGGUAUCCCCUAAACCCCUGGCUUACACCUCCCUCGCCACCGUGAAUCACAGAUACUCUACGAAAUCGUAUUGGCUCGUGCAGCCGCCUUGCAGUUCACUCAGAUACGCGAUAUCCAUGGGCUCCCUCUUGCGCACUGCUGCCUAUAACAAGUCCAUACUCCUUGCGUAA